UCGAGCACAAUUAGCACGUCUGGGCCAUCCAUCGUUCUGUUUCAGCAGGAUAAUCCUGAAACGUGUUCAGAGUUGAGUUUUCUCUACUUCCGCUGACUCUUGGAUGUUUGUAAAAAUGUCCGGGUUCAAGGAUCUUUCAGAGGUCCAGCAGCUUUCAGUAUGCAAAGAAGAACAGCAGGAGAGGAGCUCUAGUCUGAACCAGGUGAUUAUGGAGCAUCCACACAUCAAAGAGGAACCAGAGGAACUUUGGAGCAAUCAGGAGGGAGAUCAGCUUCAAGGGCCAGAGGAGGACGAUAUAAUCAAGUUCACAUUUUUUCCUAACCCUAUGAAAAGUGAAGAUGAUGGAGAGAAUCCUCAGUCCUCACAGUUUCAUCACACACAAACCACACCGAUGGAAACAAGAGUUGAAAGAGAGGAUAACAGAGGACCAGAAACAGUUGAGUACUUUGAUACAGAAAUAGAUUUAGAACCAGAGACUGAGGUCAAGACUGAAGACUCCUCUGAAGCUGAGACAGAUGACAGUGCUGAUUGGAUGGAGACCAGAAAUCACCAAUCUAGUUUGAAUUCCACAAAUAACAUAAAAGAAAAAAGACCAAAGACUGAUAUUAAAUCACACUGCUGCUCUGAGUGUGGUAAAAUAUUUACACACAAAGGUCAUCUGACUUAUCACUUCAGAAUUCACACAGGAGAGAAACCCUUCAGCUGUCCUGAAUGUGGUAAAAAAUUCAGAGUUAAAGGCCACCUUACAUAUCAUUUAAGAACACACACAGGAGAGAAACCAUUUAGCUGCUCAGAGUGUGAUAAAAGAUUCACCAAAAAAUGUCAUCUUACAGAUCAUAUGAGAAUUCACACAGGAGAGAAACCUUUCACCUGCUCUGAGUGUGGUAAAAGUUUUCACCAGAUUGGAAAUCUGACCAAACAUAUGUUCGUUCACAAUGAAAAGAGACCUUACAGCUGCACUGAGUGUGAUAAACGAUUCACUUUACAGCAAGCUCUGACCAAACACAUGCAAAUACACCUAAAAGGGAAACCCUUUCUCUGCUCUGAGUGUGGUAGAGGAUUUAGACAUAGCAGCCAACUGAAAACUCAUAUGAGAAAUCACACAGGGGAAAGACCCUUCAGUUGUUCUGAGUGUGGUAAAGACUUUAAACAUAGGUCUUAUCUGACACUUCACAUGGCAAAUCACAGAGGAGAGAAACUAUUAGACUGCAAUGUUUGUGGACAAAAAUUCUCUUGGCAUAGUUCCUUGAGGAAUCACAAGUGUACUGGUAGUAAGGCUUCAGAGCUUACUGAAACCCACACAAAGGAGAAAAGAGAAGCAAAAUCAAUAGCUGAACAAAAGGACUGUGGAGAGGCAGAACAAGCUAGUACCUCCGAACCAGACAGACAUGUAAAACUCAUGACUGAUGCCAGUCAUGAAGCUUUAAAUUCUGUUGAAAACAUCAAAUAUAAGAGACGAUACAAAGGUAAGAAGUCAUAUAUCUGCUUUGAGUGUGGCAAAACUUUCAAACAGAAAAGCCACCUUACAGCUCACUUGAGAAUUCACACAGGAGAGAAACUGUUCAGCUGUUCUUACUGCGGCAAAACAUUUAAUAAUAAGUCUAAUAUGACAAUUCACAUCGCACACCACAGAGGGGAGAAACCCUUCAACUGCAAUGUUUGUGGAAUUAAAUUUGCUUGGCCUUCUCAGUUAAGAAUUCACAAGUGUGCUGGCAGACAGGCCUCACAGCCUCUUCAAAACCAAACUGAGGAGAAAAGACAGGCAGAAACAGAAAUUGAUGGAGAGGACUUAACACCAGAUACUGGGGUCCAGAGUGAAGGCUUUUCUGAACAUGAGAUUGAAGACAGUGAUGGUGAUUGGGAGGAGAUCAGAGACCAUCAAGUAGUGUUUGAACUCUGAGAAAUGAUACAUUUUAAAUCACUGACAUGAGAUGUUUAAAAUCAGCUCAGUUUCUCUUUAUGUCUAUAGUACAUAACAAACAUAAACAUGCAGCUAUAGGUGUUUCACAAAAACAGACAAGAACUAACAGUAGAAUUGGAGCAAAGAGCAAAAACAAGUGAAAAUAAAGAAAUGGAUUAGUAAGAUCAAUAAAAUCCAGAUAGUGAAAACAUUAAAGUACCAACAAUAAAUUAACCUCCUGAGACCCUGCAUGCCACAUGAUGACAUUAAAUUGUGGCUCUCCUACAACACAGUAACAAUUUCCACUAUUAGAUAAUUUGAAACAGUUUCCUGGAAUGUCAAUUGAGGUAAUUUACUUGAAAUUCUGGGAGGAUUUCCUAUCAAAAUUUUCAGGAAUUUUCAUGGAUAUUAUGGGCAAUAUAUUUUGGAAAUGUUCAAGUAUUUUCAAAGAAAUUUGGGGACAUAUUUGUGUCUUAUGGAGAGUUUCAUUGGACGUGUUUUUGCUGUGGAAUUUUAGUAUCUACAUGGGGAUUUUUUUUGGGGGGGGGUUUGAUUGCAGUUGAGGGAAAUUUGUGUGACUUUGUUAGGAGGUUUGUGGGAUUUCCCGUCAUUUUCAUAUUACAAUUUGGGAUUUUAUUUUAAAGAGUUAGAUAACUUGUAUUGUUAUUGGACUUUUUUGGCCAAAAUAAUUCCUGUACAAUUAAAUUUUUAAUUCCCAUACUCAUCCCAAAUAAGUGGGAGAAACUAGAAAUGCAUUCCAAAUGGCUCAGGUCUUAGGAGGUUAAAUGAUUAUAUACUAUCAGCAAAGGGAACAGUAAACACAAAGGAAAAAUACUUAAGUUAAGGCAGUAGAUUUAUUUCAUAAAGCCAGACUAAAAGAUGUGUGUUCAUUUAGCCUUAAAAAAAAAACUCCAGAAAGCUCGCCAAUUAUUCUUGAAAUGUUAUUCUGUACUUUGUCAGCUUUGUUUCAGCAUUACCACAAUCUUCUCAUAUCAGCCACGCCUGCUGUGAAACUGACUCAUGAUGGAAAAUUUCUACCACAUGAGUUUUGAUAUUUGGUUGACUUUUUUGGACGUUAUUCUGCUGUAGAUUCUUACAGAGAAGCACAGGGAGGCUAUGAACAUAUAAUCAGUGGUAUCAUCUGGUCAGUACCAUUUUUCCUGUGCAAACGCUCUCCCUCUCUCUCUGUUCAGCUGAGACACUUGUAGAUCAUUUAUUAUGAAUACAGCCUGCUCCAUGUCUGCCAUAAAAUCUUUGUCCUGAUAUCUUCAUAAAAAUAAGGCUGCCUCUUCAGUCUACUUCACUGACAAAUUUAAUGACAUUAAUUCUCCUUUUUUUUUGCCAUUUUUACAAAUAACUGAAUGAAUCAAUAUACAAAGCUAUAUGUUUAUAAGUCAUGUAAGACUGAAUCUUCGAGAUGUUUUAAUGUUUGAUGAUUUAAAAAAGCUCUGGGGAAGACCCCCAGGAUCUAAAUAUGUUUUUUAUGCCUUUUUUCUCUGUCGUGUUGUGUAUCAGGGUUGGUAUUUUUCAUCUUUGAUACAUUUAUGUGUUUUUAUUGAUUAAUCACAGGUCAUUUCCUUGCCCUAAUACACUCAUCAUAAAACAAUAAAU